AUGGUCCGCAGAACACAUAGAAAGUCUCGAAAUGGCUGCAUUGAAUGCAAGCGCCGCCACAUGAAGUGUGACGAGAAACGACCCAUAUGUUCCAACUGUAUCAGUUCACAGCGACACUGUGAGUUUCUGGAGCCUGUGCCCGCUGGGAAGGCAUCUAGUAGCAUCGGUAGCGACACUGCCACUCCAUCCGCCGUUGGCUCACCGGCCGUGACAUCUUCGCCCGCCCAGGAAAUCAGCAAUAAUCCCGAAGAUGCCCCCGUUAACAUGCUCCACGUUGAGCUUGCUCACAAUCUUUCUUCGCACGCCAUGGAUGCAUUCAAUCGUCAGAAAAGUUUCUCUAGUAUCUCAUUCCAGGACAUCUUGCGACAUGGGCUUAGUGCGCCCUAUCUCAUGAACGAACUUUUAUCUCUGAGUGCUUUGCAUCUUAGCAUCACUAGACCGGAACAGCGGACUUUCUACCGACACCAUUCUACUCAGCUGCAGAGUUAUGCACUGAGCUCCUUCAACAGCUCAUCAUCACAAAUCAAUGAUGAAAAUUACGUCUCAAUCUUUUUAUUCGCUGGUAUUCUGGGACUGCACAUGCUCUGCGAGACCCUGGUAUAUCGAGACAAUGACUUUGAGAGCUUUCUUGAUCAGUUCGUUCAGUACACUAUACUGCAUCAUGGGGUACGCACCGUCGCAGGCGGGGGAGCAUUAAAACCACUUUUGGAGCUUGGUGAAAGGAUACCUUCGGCGGAUGCAGGCCUGGGUCCGGUUUGCCAGGUGCUUUUGGAUCGUAUCAAAGGUCUUGGUCACGACGACACUACCACAAGGACAUACCAACAGGCUAUCCAGUCUUUGCAAUCCGUCAUCACUGUGAUGGACAGUCAAAUUCCAGGGGAAACCAGCUUAGAUGUUCUCAUUGCAUGGCCGGUCCUUGUAUCUCGCGACUACAUUGAUCUGGUUUCGCAGAGGAAGCGCGAGGCUUUGGUUAUCUUGGCGCAUUUUGGUGCCCUAGUUGAUACCCACAAACAGUCGUGGAUAUUCUGCGAUGGUGGCAAGUACCUAGUUGAUUCAAUCAGUCAGUAUCUUGGGCCCCAGUGGGAAGAAUGGCUUCAUUGGCCACGACAAUCCAUGAUGGUGGCAAAUUCUGUACAAUAG